GGUGCACACAGUACAGCGUGUUUCGACUGACAUAAACAUUGGAGGUCGCAGUCUCACAGGGGCACUCUCAACGUGUGCUUCGUUUGUGUAAGAAUGUUAGAUAUGGCGGACGAAGGUCAGACGCCAACAGAGUAUACUCAGUGUUCCCUCAGACUUACCGGAAAGGAAGCAUGAUUACUGGGUAGGGACCGGAACACACACUGGUAUCAAUAUGAUGGGCAAAGCGCUGAGCCGCGGUUCCUCCCUGGAGAACGGUCUACAGGUCAAGCCGAUUCUUCCGCAGUCGCCAACAGAGGAGGAAAAAGAUGGCCGACUGGCAGUUCCUGGUGGACAACCAAGGGUUUACAAACGACGGUGGAUCAUGGUCUUUCUCUUCUGCUUCUACUCCUUGAGUAAUGCCUACCAAUGGAUUCACCUCAACAUAAUCGCUAAUGUCAUCAUUAAGUAUUACAAUCAGAGCCUACCGGAAGACACAUUUAAAAGGGAGACAACCGUAGAUUGGCUGUCUAUGAUUUAUAUGUUGGCAUACAUUCCUUUGAUCUUCCCUUCUACAUUUUUGUUAAACAAGAAAGGAUUACGAGUGGUAGCUAUUUGUGGUUCAUUUCUUAAUGCACUUGGAUCGUGUCUAAAAUUAGCAUGUGUUUCACCAGACCGAUUUCCUGUGUUAAUGUUCGCUCAGACAAUAUGUGCUAUCGCGCAAAUAUUCAUUCUUGGACUUCCGGCACGUAUUGCUGCCGUUUGGUUUGGACCCAAUGAAGUGUCAACAGCCACAUCACUUGGGGUGUUUGGAAAUCAGGUCGGAGUAGCUGUUGGAUUUCUAGUACCGCCGUUGAUAGUAAGGAACAGUGAUGACUUGGACGAAAUUGGUAACGACCUUUGGGCAAUGUUCAUAGGCACGGCUGUUGUGACGGGAAGUCUGUUUCUGUUGGUUAUCCUAGUUUUUCGAGAGAGACCCCUCACGCCGCCAAGUAAGGCACAGAUGAUUGCUGUGGAAAACGAAGCCAAUGAACAUUACGGGAAAUCUCUCUUGAACUUGUUCAAAAACAGAGGAUUUAUGAUACUGACUAUAACGUAUGGUAUCAAUACCGGAUGUUACUAUGGUAUAUCAACGUUACUUAAUCCUGUAGUCCUCCAUUACUUCCCGGGCGAGGAAGAAAAUGCCGGACUUAUAGGACUGACCAUCGUGUUGGCUGGAGUAGCAGGGUCCAUUGUGGCCGGAAUAUGGUUGGACAAGACCAAGACAUUUAAGGCGACAACACUUGGAAUAUAUUUCCUAUCCCUGGCGGGUAUGAUAGCUUUUACCUUCACACUAGACCUCAGUCUGAUGUGGGUGGUGUUCGUCUGUGGUGGAUCUCUAGGGUUUUUCAUGACUGGCUAUCUACCAGUCGGAUUUGAAUUUGCAGCCGAAAUAACAUAUCCGGAAUCCGAAGGGACAUCAUCCGGACUGCUGAAUGCAUCUGCCCAGACAUUUGGAAUCAUUCUGACCAUCAGUAUGAGGGCUAUGCUGAGUAACGUCAGUGUACUUGGAGCUAAUCUAACCGUGUCGGCAGUUCUCCUCCUCGGUACCAUUCUUACAUGUUUUAUUGGGGCAGAUUACCGCCGCCAAGCAGCUGGAAAGGAGGUAUAUAGUAUAAACACACCUUUGAAUACGGAGAGUAGUCAGAAUACUAACUAUACAAAGGCAUUCUAACAUCGUAGAAGAAUUGGACAAUAUUGAAUACGAAGUCCCUGCUCCAGUGAAGAACCCAGAGGAAUUGAGCAAAUUAUAAAUGGGAAACCUGACACCGAAAAGUUACCAUCUUACUAACGCCAUAAUCUCUUUUGUGUGCCAACAGGAGAAGGGGUGACAAUGUAAUAGUUCUGAUGGAGAGUCAAACAACAAUUGUUCAUGUUUUACGUGACAAUGUUAUAGUUCUGAUGAAGGAUUCAAACAACAAUUGUUCAUGUUUUACUAUGUGUAACUUUUAAACAGUCAGCGCCAUUGUGAUUGCAAGAAAGCUUUACAUCUAGGGACAUUAUAAAAUAUUUGUAUACAUUUUACUUAAUCGAGAUCGCCUUUUGUCCGUUGGCAUAUAUCGUCCGUAUUGUUUUUGAAAACAAAUGACAUUUUCGACUUCUUAUCAAAAUUAACUUAACGUAGGUCCCCGAUGGCUCGACAAACUUCUUCAUCAGACCCAGCAAUACUAGAAAAUCGGUUUUAUUGUAUUUGACAAUUUGCAGCUGUAUGAUAUGAUGUGUUUGUCAUAGUGGUGACAAAAUCACAGUCGCGGUAUUUGCUCAACAGUGAUAGGAAAUCACUCUGUUUAUAAAAUAUUUAUUAACACCAACAAAAUAUCGGAGCUAUCUGGCGACUUUUAAGGCCGAAUGAUCUCUUGUAAUUAACGUGUUCGAUUUCUUUUUUAUUGUAUUUACUUACUCUCUGCACUGUAAACAAUUGUGUGCUCGUGUUUUAAUCAUAAGACUAACGUGUAAGGAUUGAUAGCUCGUUUUUAUUUUGAUAAGUGCUUUUGUAUGUAUGUUUGAUGGAAUUUAUCUUCAUAACAUUCGAUUUCUUCUGAUCUAAUAUAUAAUUACUUGUCAGUUUUCAUUUUACCAUCUCAAGAUAAUGUCAUGUUUAAGUGUCAUUGUUUAUAUUUAGAUAUGAUGUUUUGUCUGUCCCUCAAACUAAACAUAAUACUAUGCUUAUGUUUGUUUGUUAUCUCCCUUUGGAUACUAACUACUUUUUCAUUACAUUGCAUUUGGAUAAAAUAUGUGAUUAUAUUUUCCUAUAUAACAUGGUAGUGAGUAUUAACAAUUUGAAUAUUGAUAUACCGAUAUAGCAUAGCAACCUAGCCAUCUCACAGCGGUUUACAAAUCAACUAUUUUUAUUACAUCUUUUAUGGUAUGGUCAGUCCAGUUUGUAUUACACCGUUUAUGGUAUGGUAAGUCCAGUUUGUAUUGCACAUUUCAUUGUAUGGUCAGUCAAGUUUGUAUUACACCUUUUAAUGGAUGGUCAGUCCGGUUUGUAUUACACCUUUCAAUGGAUGGUCAGUCCGGUUUGUAUUACACCUUUCAAUGGAUGGUCAGUCCGGUUUGUAUUACACCUUUCAAUGGAUGGUCAGUCCGGUUUGUAUUACACCUUUCAAUGGCUGGUCAGUCCAGUUCAGAUUACAAAUUUCAUGGUAUGGUCAGUCAAGUUUGGAUAACACCUUUCUCUUGAUAGGUAUUACUUUGGUAUUGUCUUCUCUUUCGUGACAAUCACCACUGUUAAAACACCUGCCGUUCUGGGUCAUGAUUUUCUUUUUCUUUAAAACAAAUCGCCAUACUUUUUCUUCUGUGUUUAAACUCUUUAGAAACGAAACCCUAUAUAUCCUAAUAUAGUGAUUUGCAUUUAUAAUAAAUAAUAUGAUGAAUUGAUGUUGAGAACUAUCAGAUUUUUCCUAUUUGCACAACACUCGUAAUGUUCACGUCAUCAGUUAAAAUGUUAAACCACUUUAAACAAAUUUAAUAUUCCGAUAUUGUGAAGUUGUUUAGUUACCCCACUGGCGUCGACAUAACGAGGUUUUUCUUUGCGAAUCAGAAAGACAAUUUCUUACUUAUUUUAAGUAUUGUAGCAUGGUGGUAUUUAUUUUUUGUAUAUGCAGGUUCAAUGUAUAUAUGCAAAGUUUUAAUCAAAGGGCGAUAUUUUAUAAAUAGUGCUAUGUUCAAAAGUGUAGGUAGUGCUAUAUAUGUUAUCAACGUGCUAUUACAUACCAAUACUUGACGGAGUUCCCCGAGAAGUUUUACGAAGAUUUUAAGAUUUAUUUGAUGGUGCUUUAGCAAUCUUACUCCCAGUCCUUUCCCUUUACCACCACAUACUAUUUAUAUAUCUAUCACUACACUACGCAUGGUUUCUAUAUGAAAAAGCAUGCAUAGCACUGUGUUAAUUAACUGCGUAAUGAUAUCACAUGUUUUACAUUUAUCUUUAUUGAUGUGCAAGUUUGAAUUUAUUUUGAGACGUUUCGAUGCUUCAUUGUAUGAUAGUUUGUAUUCCUGUGAGUGAUUGGUCAGUGUAAUUUUGUUCUCUCAUCAAUGCAAUUAUUAUGGUGAUGGAAAUCAAAUCUGCAUGAUCAUUUAAAAUAGAAAUCCAAUACAAUUGUUUUACUUAUCGCCAAACUGAAGAUAUUUUAAGCAAUUUCGACAGCUUACCAUUAACUUUCAAGAUACAGAGAUGCGAAUUUACUCUUAAAGAAUAGGUAUUAAUUUGAUGCUUACAUCAAUUCGCCUUUUCAAUAAAGAGAAGAGAAAGUUAGAAUCUGCUCCCUUCCUGUUACUGUAGAAUCAUUCUUCACCACAUACAAUUUCUUUGUUAUAUUCACGGUAAUGAAACAUGCUAUUUUUUGUGAGGUCAUACUUAUUUCUGGACCAGAAAAUGUUGCCCGGGUGGUAGUGUUCUUUAUUGUUUUCAUUUAAUGACCUAUAAAUAGAUAUGAUACAAAGACAAAAGGUCACGCAAUAACAUCAUUCCAUUAUUUAACCUUGGCGUGUGUGAAGUGUUAUUCCUUAUGCUAUAAAAGAUCUGCCAAUCGUUUAUCGAUCACAAACAGAAUGGAACAGUGGAAGCAUGAAAUAAUUCAUGUUUUAGUUACCUAUUAUAUCAUGAAGUCAAUUUUUAUCUUGACACGACAUAUUUCCAUCAAUUAGCCGACCUUGAUCAUAACAUUAUUUCAAAGUUUCUUAAUAAAAUUUGUAAUGAUUAAAUACAUGUAUUUUUUAUUAUGAAUUCCCAAAAAAAUGAAAAUACGUUUGAUUGCUAUACAGCCUACUUCUUCUUGUCCACUUACCUUGCCUAAACCUGACGUAAAUUAGUAACAGGUGAGGUGCACAGGCCCAUUGUACCUCUUCUUAUUAUUUUAUUUUUUUCUGUUUAUGGUUACUACGAGGCCAACAUGUUUUAUGUCGUACAUCUAGUGAUGUAAUGUGCUCAAACUAUGUUGUAUUGCCAUUGUUUUUGACUUUCAUAACAUUAUGUGCUGCUACCAGUGCUUGAGCAAACGCUCCCGUAUAUAAUUGAUAAUCAUUGAUAUCAAUUUUGAAAUUAAAAAAAUCAACUGAA